UUCUGGUUCCCCUGGUCUCUGGUCCUGCUGGCCGUCGCUGCAGCUCUCUUCACCUACAUCGCCCUGCUACUGGUGUUGGCGGUGUGUCUGCUGUCUGAAGGUCAAAGGUUAUACCUCCACUGGAGCCACAAGACCGGCAUCAUGGUGACGCUGGUGUUCUCCGUCACGGCCACUGGGAUCCUGUCUGACCUCUGGAGCAAAGAGUGGAAAACUCUCCAGCUGUCCCUGCAGGUGACGGCUCCUUUCCUCCAUGUGGCUGCGGUCUCGCUCAUGGCCGUUCUCUCCUGGCCGACGGCGUUGCACUUUUUUCGCAUGAACAAGAAAGUCCGUCAGGUCGUGGUUCUGGCUCUCUACCUGUCCGUGUUGUUCUCGCUCUACCUGGUUCCCCUCGGCAUGUACUCGCCCUGCAUCAAGGAGGCGGGAACUCUGGGACCAGCGCCCACUCUCAUUGGUCACAGAGGAGCUCCAAUGCUCGCUCCAGAAAAUACCUUGAUGUCUUUUGAAAAGGCCGUCGAAUCAGGAGGCGGCGGCCUGGAGACGGACGUCACAAUUAGUUAUGACGGCGUUCCCUUCCUGAUGCACGACUCCACGCUGAGGAGAACCACCAACGUCGCCGAGGUUUUCCCCAAUCGGACCCACCUGGACGCCGCCAUGUUCACCUGGGCCGAGAUUCAGCAGCUGAACGCCGGCAGCUGGUUCCUGCUGAGGGAUCCGUUUGGAACCGCAUCGAGCCUUUCUGAGACGGAUCGCUCUCAGGCCCAGAACCAGUCCGUUCCCUCCUUGGCCCAGUUCCUGGAGGUGGCGGCCGCCAGCGGCAAACUGGUGCUGUUUGACCUGCGCAGGCCACCGUACGGACAUCCCUACAGACGCUCCUACAUCAACGCAACUCUGCAGGUCAUCCAGGCCCACAUCAACUCCUCACAGGUGCUGUGGCUGCCGUCUGAAGACCGGGCUCUGGUUUCCGGUCUGGACCCGGCGCUGCAGCAGACCUCCGGGCUGAAGGCUUCCAUCCAGGAGCUGAAGGACGACGGCAUCAGCUGGCUGAACCUGCACUACAGCACCAUGUCGCAGCAGCAGAUCUGUAAGCUCCAGUCGGUGAACAUCAGCACCAACCUGUACGUGAUCAGCCAGCCGUGGCUCUACGCUCUGGCCUGGUGCGCCGGCGCUCAGUCCAUCACCACCAACUCCGUCCACAUCCUGUCCAGCAUCAACCAGCCGCUCUUCCUCAUGACUCCAGAGGAAUACACCCUGAUGUGGAUCCUGACCGACUUCGUCUCUGCCUUCCUCAUCUUCGCCAUUUUCACGUUCCACUGGUGGAGAGAGCGCGGUUUGCCCUUCGUGUCCGGCAGCCGGCACACCAACGACAACGGACCGUACAGCAAGUUCAGAACCGACUCCUCAGAGGUCAUCUGUGUCGGCUGGAGCUCUCUGCACUCUGACCCCCCGCUGCAGCUCAUAUCUCCCUCCCCCUGACCUUCAACCCAUGACCCCUGCAUGCCAUGUCAUCCUUUCACUAGCUGAGCGACGUUUGGUCCAUCUCCAGUGUCAACGUGCGACCCGACCUGCGGAGCUCUCCCAGUUCUCCCAGUGGCCCCCACCUGCCCACCAUUACAGAGGAGUGACUGGAGAGUCUGGCUUUACAAAUAUUACAUCUCCAAUCAUGAACCGAACAGAAAAUUAUAGAGUUACAAAAAUAAAAAGAAAGAGAAGAAGCAGAAAGAUGUUUCCUCCACUCACCUACUGGACUGCAUGACUGAACUGGUGAUCCAAACGACGGACUGACUGGUUCCAUCUGACCCAGUAAGAUCCAACAUGGCGCCAUGAAGGAGGGAAUCGUCUUCAUCACUUCUGGUCAGGAAAAGACUGAAAACAUCCGGCUGUAGUGAGAUCUGUAGAUACGGAGAAUGUUAUUAAUAUGAACAAGCUUCGUCUUUUACUGUCAGGAUGCGUUAUAACGUAACGGAGAUUUAUUGUGACUUUAAUCAUAAACAUGUAUGAAAAUGAUCCAGAGCAUCAGGCGUCGUUUUGAGAUUUAGAGGAAAAUAAUCUCCAUAAAUGUAACAUCAGGAUCUCCCAGAAAUUAAUUUUAUAUAAAUGUUUAUCGCUAAAUGUUUCCUGGACUCAAAAUUUAAUCUUCUCUACAUUCCUCUUUAUGGAUCACUGAUCUAUCAGUUGAAUGUGAUCAGAUAGAUUCUAAUAUUUGAGCAGAAAAUUGAUUCACUGCAAAAUCUAAAAAUGACAAAAAUCAUACAAAAUAUCUAUAAAAUAAAACUAAAAUUUAAAUAAGUUUUCAUCAAGAUAUAGGAGCUUGUUUUAUGUCAAUAAUUUCUGAAUAUUGAUCAUAAAAAAACACCAGUUCCACUGGCAGAUCAUUUAAAUCAUAACAUGGGAAAAAUGUGUUGCUAUAAGUUAGUUGCUAAAUUUGUCGCAAGUUGCUUUGAGACAAAAAGUCGCUAAACAUGGCAACUAAUUGACAAUGUUGGCAACGUUGACUCCCCUGGUCCUGACUAUGAGUGGCUUAAGGCCCUCCAAUAAUCCACACGUAGCCACGCCCCCAGUGCCGCUUAGCUCCACCCACUUUGGUGGAAUUCUUAAAAAUGAUCAGGGGGCGGAGCUAAACUGUCACGGGGGGGGGGGGUAGUUACAGUUUAAACAACAUAUUAACUCUCUGAUUGGUGCGUCUCUACUACUGUACACUGCAAAAACAUAAAAACUUACCAAGUAUUUUUAGUCUAGUUUCUAGUGCAAAUGUUUUAGUACACUUGAAAAAAGACAAAACUUACUUAUAGUUUUAGGAUACAGUAGUUUGUUUUAAGUCAUUAAUUCCUUAAUAUUAAUUUUUAAAAAGUACUAGUUCCACUGGGGGAUUAUUUAACCAGUAAGACAUUUUUUGUUAUAAGUUAAACAGUGGAAGUAAUAUUUUUUUCUUGUCUAUAUUAAGCAAUUAUUUACUUAAAAUAAGUUCAUAUCAUUUAAAGUGUACUAAGAUAUGUGUACUACAAACUAGAUCAAACUUGGUAGGAUUUUGUGUUUUUACAGUGUACUACUAGCUGUACACUGU